AGCAGAGAGGACAGUCUGUUUUCCAGAAAAACAUCCUUGUCUCAGAGAAAAGAGUGGAAAAGCAACGGAUCUGAGGGGCGUCUUGUGUUCUCGAAUAAAACCCGAAGACUCUCAGGACAAGCUGUGCUGACGGGGAUGCUGGGGGUGUCAGAGAUGACGGGCAGCAAUAUGGCCAAUGCCCUGGCAAAUGCCUCGUGUGAACGGUGUAAAAGCGGCUUUGCCCCAGCGGAGAAGAUCGUCAACAGCAACGGCGAGUUGUAUCAUGAACAGUGCUUUGUCUGUGCACAGUGUUUCCAGCAGUUUCCUGAAGGGCUCUUUUAUGAGUUUGAGAAAAGGAAAUACUGUGAGCAUGAUUUCCAGAUGUUGUUUGCUCCCUGUUGUCACCAGUGUGGAGAGUUUAUCAUUGGGCGUGUGAUUAAGGCCAUGAAUAACAGCUGGCACCCUGACUGCUUCUGCUGUGAUAUCUGCCAAGCCGUGCUUGCCGAUGUUGGAUUCGUCAAGAACGCCGGCCGCCAUCUCUGCCGUCCAUGUCACAACCGCGAGAAAGCUCGGGGCCUCGGGAAGUACAUCUGUCAGAAGUGUCACGCCAUCAUUGAGGAGCAGCCCCUCAUUUUCAAAAACGACCCCUACCAUCCCGACCACUUUAACUGCAGUAACUGCGGUAAGGAGCUGACUGCUGAUGCUCGCGAGCUGAAAGGGGAACUCUACUGCCUCCCCUGCCAUGAUAAGAUGGGUGUGCCGAUCUGCGGAGCCUGCAGACGUCCUAUAGAGGGCCGUGUGGUCAACGCCAUGGGCAAACAGUGGCAUGUUGAGCAUUUUGUCUGUGCCAAGUGCGAGAAGCCUUUCCUGGGACACCGUCAUUAUGAGAGAAAAGGACUUGCUUACUGCGAGACUCACUACAACCAGCUCUUUGGUGACGUUUGUUAUCAUUGCAACCGUGUGAUCGAAGGAGAUGUGGUGUCGGCUCUGAAUAAGGCUUGGUGUGUGAAUUGCUUCUCGUGCUCGACCUGUAACACCAAGCUCACCCUCAAGAACAAGUUUGUGGAAUUUGACAUGAAGCCGGUGUGUAAGAAAUGUUACGAGAAGUUUCCUCUUGAGCUGAAGAAAAGACUUAAGAAGUUGGCGGAGACCAUAGGCCGCAAGUAGAUCUCCUCGUCCACAGGGGGAGACAAAGCAUGGUCAUUCGUUACAUCUAUGGUGCUUAAAGUACGAAAAGAGACCAAACUAAACCUGGACCGCAAAUUAUCUCGGCUUAGUCUUAAUAAUGGCUUGGGUGCUUGAACUUUGUUUUUCCAUGGCAGAUUUUCUGUGGUCUCACACCAACAGAUGUUCUUGUGUCUUAACACUCUGCAACCAAAACCAAACAAAUACCUUUAUAUUGUUUAUUGAUAUGUAUGUACUUGCAUGUUUAUAAAGAGAAUACUAGUAAUAUUCACACUGUUCAGAGUGAUUAUUCAGCACGUGUGUCACUUCUGUUGCCUCGUUUGCAAUGCCACAGAGCUUUUUCUCAAGGCUGAACCCCUUUCUGUGUCCUGACCGGGGGCCCAGUUUGAUGUACUGAUCUGAGAGUUGUAUUUGAUUUUUAAUGUAUUCUCAAGUCUCAUAUUUUUCUGUCAGAUGGGAUCAGAAGCUAAUGCAUGAUGUAAUGAGUCUGGAGCAACACAAGCUCUAAACCAAAAACUUUUUGCUCAUAUCAAGCUUUAUUAAAGCCCUAGCUGUGUUCUCGAAAUCUCUAAUAAAUGAGACCACUUAUAUUUCUUCUGA